AAUGUUAAACUUGCAUUUACAUGUGUCACAAGCAUUGAAUUUUGCAGUGAUAACUUGCAUCAUAUCAAAAUCUUUGGGCAAGAUAGGGAGCUUAAUUAAAGUCCUAAUUAAGGAUCAUGGAAUCCCAAACACAGUCUGAGCUACCAGUUGUAGACUUCACCAACAAAAAUCUGAAACCGGGUACUGAUGCAUGGGUUUCAGCUUCUCAAGUAGUGCGUGGUGCACUUGAGGAUCAUGGUGGUUUCUUGGCACUCUAUGAUAAGGUCAGUUUGGAGACAUACGACUCUGUUUAUUCUGAAAUGAUGAAUUUUUUUGACCUCUCAAUAGAAACAAAACGGAGGAAAACCACUGAAAAGCCUAUAUUCAGCUAUUCUGGGCAACGACCUGGGAUUCCUUUAUAUGAAUCUGUGGGUAUCAUGAACCCACUCAGCUUUCAGGAUUGCCAGAAAUACACACACGUUAUGUGGCCCCAAGAAAAUCAUCAUUUCUGUGAAAGUGUCAAUUCCUAUGCAAAACAACUAGUGGAAUUGGAUCAUAUUGUAAAGAGAAUGGUGUUUGAGAGCUAUGGACUCGAGACAAAGAAAUUUGAGACUUUACUUGAAUCAACUGAGUAUGUGCUUCGAGGCUACAAAUACAGAAUUCCCCGAGAGGGUGAGAGCAAUUUGGGAGUUGCUCCUCAUUGUGACACAGCUUUCCUAACUAUAUUGAAUCAGAAGGUAGAAGGCUUGGGGGUCAAAUUGAAGGAUGGGAAAUGGUUAGAGGUCGGUGCUUCACCCUCGCUAUAUUUGGUAAUGGGCGGCGAUGCAUUGAUGGUUUGGAGUAAUGACAGGAUACCCGCUUGUGAACAUAGAGUUUUAAUGAACUCAAAGAUAGACAGAUACUCCAUGGGACUACUUUCAUAUGCUGCUAAGAUAAUGGAACCACAAGAGGAGUUAGUUGAUGAGGAAUAUCCUCUACGUUAUAAACCAUUUGAUCAUUAUGGAUAUCUUCGUUUCUUUCUCACUGAAGAGGCCAUAAAAUCUGAUUCCAGGAUCAAAGCAUAUUGUGGUAUUUGAAACACAUAUUGUGGUGUGAAUUUAGUGUCAUGUUCUAAGGGUGUAAAAAGUUGAAAAAGUUGCAUUUGCUGAUUGCCUUAUGUGGUGUCAUAUAUAUAUAUAUAUGUGUGUGUGUGUGUGUGGUUAUUGCCUUAUGUGUGUGUGUGUUUUGCCUCAAUGUUAAUGGUAAAGGUUACAGCUUAUUUUGUGGAUGAAUAUUUGCUGAGUUUGUUAUAUUCUGUAGAUGAAAUGGACAUAAAAUGUUUUUUUUU